AUGUUCAGGAACGCUCUCCGACAGUCCAGCCGGACGGUGGGCGCAAUCUCUGCGUCCGGCAGAGUCGCAGCAGGACGAACUGCCGCACCCGCAGCUUUCAACGCAGCAUCAAAACAAAUCCGAGGAUAUGCAUCUGCUGAUAAGGCAUCGCCAACCGAAGUCUCAUCCAUCCUCGAACAAAGAAUUAGAGGUGUCCAGGAGGAGUCCGGUCUUGCCGAGACCGGUCGUGUUUUGUCCGUUGGUGAUGGUAUUGCCCGUGUCCACGGCAUGAGCAAUGUCCAGGCUGAGGAGCUUGUCGAGUUCGCAUCCGGUGUCAAGGGCAUGUGCAUGAACUUGGAAGCUGGUCAAGUUGGUGUUGUGCUUUUCGGUUCUGAUCGUUUGGUCAAGGAGGGUGAGACUGUCAAGCGUACCGGAGAGAUUGUCGAUGUUCCCGUCGGAAUUGAGAUGCUCGGCCGCGUUGUUGAUGCUCUUGGAAACCCAAUUGAUGGAAAGGGACCCAUCAAGACCACCGAGAAGCGUCGUGCUCAGUUGAAGGCUCCCGGCAUUCUUCCCAGACACUCUGUCAACCAGCCCGUACAGACUGGUCUCAAGUCUGUUGACGCAAUGGUGCCAAUUGGACGUGGCCAACGUGAGUUGAUCAUUGGCGAUCGUCAAACUGGAAAGACGGCCGUUGCCCUCGAUGCCAUGCUCAACCAAAAGCGCUGGAACGAUGGAAAGGACGAGUCCAAGAAGCUUUACUGCGUGUACGUCGCUGUUGGACAGAAGCGAUCCACCGUUGCCCAGCUUGUCAAGACCCUUGAAGAGAACGACGCUAUGAAGUACUCCAUCAUUGUUGCUGCCACCGCUUCCGAAGCCGCACCGCUUCAAUACAUUGCCCCAUUCGUUGGUAAGUUUUCCUCUUUUUCUUUUUUUGCAUUUCAUCUUCACUUUUCAUUCACUUGUGGGACAACAUUCAAGCACCUACGCAAGGCGUGGGUGCACCUUCCUCAUCAACCUUCAUGCUCUUUCCCCAACAGCAUUCGCAUGAUGGCACCGCCCUGGGCGCUCUUGCCUUUGCAGAGGCAGAGGCUAUAUCACCUCCGCUCCUCAUCUUCUGCUCUUCUCCUCAACAACUUCACAACAACCUCUUCACCUUGA